CCUCAAUCAGGCGAACCUGCUGCGUGUGCAUGCGCGUCUCCAGCUAGGCCAGAGAGUGAUGGCGGCGCCCGUCCUGAGAGUGUCCACCCCUCGGUGGGAAAGAAUAGCCCGGCUCCUCGUCUGCCUGCUGGGUAUUCUGCUUUCUCUGUAUGCGUUUCACGUCGAGAGGGAAAAGGCCCAGGACCCGACUUAUAAGGCCAUGUGCGACGUCAGUAGCUCCAUCAGCUGCUCUAAAGUGUUCAGCUCCAGGUGGGGUCGAGGUUUCGGACUGUUGGGGUCCAUAUUUGGGAACGACAGCGCACUGAACCAACCCAACAGUGUCUACGGGAUACUCUUUUAUGCCUUUCAGCUCCUACUAGGAAUGACCGUCAGCGCAAUGGCUGCCCUUUUUCUCAUGACGACGUCCAUCUUGUCGGUGAUGGGCUCGCUCUACCUGGGCUACAUCCUCUACUUUGUCCUAAAGGACUUCUGCGUCAUCUGCAUCACCACGUAUGCGCUGAACUUCAUUCUGUUUAUCCUCAACUACAAGCGACUGGUUUACUUGAACGAGGCCUGGAAGCAGAAGCUUCAAGCCAAGCAGGACUGAGCUGCACAGAGAGUCACGGUUUAAAAAAAGAAGCAAAAAUAAAAAAGAAAACCUGACGACAACAACAACAAAACAAAAGAAAACAACAAACAGUGAACGUGACCUCUGAACAUUUGACUUGCCACCAGGAGACCUUGCUUCCAAACAAUGUUUAUUUCUGCUGUGUGUUAAAAAAA